AGCGCGCGCUUUGAGUGCCCGGCCUCAGCCCCGGCUCCCGCGCGCGGGGAGGAGUGGCGCUCGGGCGGGCGGUUUGCGCGGUUUGCGCUUCCAGCCGGGCCUCCCGGGAGCGCGGCCGCUUCCUUCUUUCUGUCCCCGCCUGCAGGGGCUUCUUCCUCUCCCGGGCCGGCUUCCCGUUGCCCCCAGCGCGACUUUCCAGAGGGCGCGAUCGCGGAGCCCUGAGCCCAUGAGGAUCCCGCGGGUGAGCCCGCGGCCCCGCCACCAUGAACGGGGCCCUGAUCCCCCACACCCCCAUCGCCGUGGACUUUUGGAGCCUGCGCCGGGCUGGCUCCGCACGGCUCUUCUUCCUGUCCCACAUGCACUCGGACCACACCGUGGGCUUGUCUAGCACCUGGGCCCGGCCGCUCUACUGCUCCCCCAUCACGGCUCACCUCGUGCACCGUCAGCUGCAGGUAUCUAAGAGGUGGAUCCGGGCCUUGGAGGUUGGUGAGAGCCAUGUCCUGCCUCUAGAUGAAAUUGGGCGCGAGACCAUGACUGUAACCCUCAUGGAUGCCAAUCACUGCCCUGGCUCUGUCAUGUUUCUCUUUGAAGGAUACUUUGGAACCAUCCUCUACACAGGUGACUUUCGGUAUACACCAUCCAUGUUAAAGGAGCCAGCCCUGAAACUGGGGAAACAGAUCCAUACCUUAUACCUAGACAACACCAACUGCAAUCCAGCCCGGGUUCUUCCUUCCCGACAAGAAGCUGCCCGCCAGAUUGUUGAGCUCAUUCGAAAGCACCCACAACAUAACAUAAAGAUUGGACUCUAUAGCCUGGGAAAGGAGUCACUGCUGGAGCAGCUAGCCCUGGAGUUUCGGACCUGGGUGGUACUAAGCCCUCAGCGCCUGGAGUUGGUGCAGCUGCUGGGCCUGGCAAAUGUGUUCACCGUGGAGGAGAAAGCCGGCCGCAUCCAUGCCGUGGACCACAUGGAGAUCUGCCGCGCUGCCGUGCUGCACUGGAACCAGACCCAUCCUACCAUUGCUAUCCUUCCCACGAGCCGGAAAAUCCACCGCUCCCACCCUGACAUCCACAUCAUCCCUUACUCUGACCAUUCUUCCUUCUCAGAGCUUCAGACCUUUGUUGCAGCACUGAAGCCUUGCCAGGUGGUGCCCAUUGUCAGUCAGCAGCCCUGUAGGGACUACUUUCAGGACAGCCUGAGCCCUGGGCUCUCUAUGCCCCUGAUCCCAAACUCUGUGCAGCAAUAUAUGAAUUCCUCUUCAAGAAAACCAAGCUUUCUCUGGCUAUUGUUAGAAAGGAGGCUAAAGAGGCCGAGAACUCAGGGUGUUGUGUUUGACUCCUUUCAGGAAACUGCUGAUCAGUCGCAAGCUGACAGGGACUCAAAGAAGGCCAGGAACGAGAACCUUUCUGGGGAGCUUGAGAAGCAGAAACCAUCAUUCCUGGACCUCAGCAGCAAAGAAUGGGUUGGGGCAGUCCCAAUCUCUGAGUCCCAGAAGAUGGUGACUGUACUGACUGCCCCUUUGAAUUUUUCAAUGCACUUACGGUCUACAGAUGAGGAAUUUCUCUCUCUAGAAACUGGGGAGGAUAUGGGUGUAGGGCCCCACUUGGUACCCAAGGGAGACCAUGCUGGCUCAGCAGCCUCGGGGAACCAGAGUACCUGGGUGGGCCAGGAUUCUCCGCUGUCCCACAGCAGCAAGGCUGCUCCUCUGCUGGCUCCUAAGUUCAGGGGCCUGGCACUAAAAUACCUUCUGACUCCAGUGAACUUUUUCCAGGCACAGUUCUCUUGUAGGGGCUUUGACCAACAAGUGGAAAGAUACCAUAAACCCCUACUGAAAUACAGAGAACUGAAUGCAGAAUGAUCCCUUUAGCUGACCCAACACUGCAGUUUUAAAGAUAGUGACUGAUAGCUGGUGAGGAGGUGUGUGGUGGGCCUUGCUUUUCAACCUUCAUGGGAUCCCUGUGGGCUCACCCUGGAGCAUUACCUCUCCAAGUGUGUCCCUUGGAAUCCCAGUGCCUACAGACUUAUUAGUUUUAUGGUUGACUCUGUUUAAGAAACACUUUUCAUUAUGCCCCCUGCCCGUUAUACCUGAGCACAUCAAAGGUUCCAAGAAGUCUAGUAAUUUAAUCUGCUUAACCUUAACUUGGUAUUUCUCCUUUUUGGGACAUAUGAACAUGCAGUCCUCUGAUGUGGGUGCAGAAAGAGGUGCAGUCUCAAUCAGAAAGGACCAGGUUAUUCCCAUUGUCAUUUCGUGUGCCAUAUGCCAUUCCCCAUGUCCCCUUCCCCCUCUUCCCAAAUAAAGGCAGUUAUGUGUUGUUGUGA